AAAACUGAAAAUCAAAAACCAAAAUCUAAAAUUUAAAAACCAAAAACCAAAAUCUAAAACUAAAAUCUAAAAACCAAAAACUAAAACCAGAAACUAAUGGAAACAAUCAUCACCUAGAUUUUGAUCCGCGCUUGAAAAAUGCGAAACCUUGUAUUAGGAUACACAAUUCAUCCAUCAAUAUGGCAAAAUUAUAAAUCAAGGUGAAUUGAACCCAAGGGCAAUGGAGAAUGCACAAUCAAACAAAAAACAAUUAUAUGAGUUAAAAGUAAUGAUGUUGCUAGCUCAUCUUUUGUUGUGAUGUCCUACUUUUUCAAAAACAAUCAUGACCUUCCUUUUACAAAAUCCAAAACAAAAAGAAACUCCCAAAUUCGUUGUUCAAAUGAGUACCAUAUGAUGGUCUAAUAAAUUAUUGGAGAUUGUAUAGUAUAUUGUGAAAACAGUAGUGUAUAUUAUGAUUCGCUAGUUGAUAACAGUACUGGUUGAUAAUCGUAUUACUCAACGUAUUUUUAUAAAAAAAAAUAGUAAUGUUAGAUAGCUUAGAGUGAAACUCAAAACUAAUAUUCAAAAUUCAGCACAGAUUUUUGGAUAAAUUAACUUAAAAUAACCUUAUAAGUGGAAAGUUAUACGUAUCUUUAAUUGUACUUAUGAGGCUAUAUGACUACAUGUUUAAGAUUUACCAAUACAACGUCCAAAAUUAAAUACUUAAUCAAAAUAAAUUAUUACUUACACACUGUACAUAUAUAUUUUCAAAGCUUAUAUAUAAAGAAUGUGGCUUAGUAACAAAAAUUGCGAAGGAGAAAGGUACAUUCCAAGAAAGAAAGACAGUUUCAUAUAUUGUUCGGGAUCCCUAUAUUGUUUCAUUUAGACUCACGACUCUUCCUCACGCCCACUUACUCCAUUUCAUCUUUGGUUUUAAUCUCAUUUCAAAGCUAGAAAAUGGAAUAUACUCAAAAUCAUAAUGAAUUAAAAGUUCAAUUAGUAUGAAAAUGUCAAAAUCAACAAUCUACAGAGUUUUUUUAAUUAGCCACCCCAAAAGAGGAUAGCAAUUGAGAAAUGGACUUCUCAUCGAUCAGACUAUAUCAAUUUCAAUAAAUGGUUAUUGUUAUGUACUCUGAGUAAUGACUAUCAUGACAAAACCUAAGACAACCUAACUCCGGCCCGGUUAAUCCGGCGCCGGAGGAACCCUCCUUCCCUCUAAUCUCUUUUUAUUUUGCUCUCUACACCUUCGUUAUGUCCGUCUGCCGAGAUGCUCGUGUAUUCUGGGUUUAAGGAAACUCAUCUGAAGCCUAGAUUCAAGGAGGACAGUGGUGAAUCUCGACAAGAUCUGGAGUGACGGCGAGGCUUACGUGGCGGCGGUGGUGUGGAGAGUCUCGGCUUUUAGGAUAGCGGAGAAACCGGAUCUGUUUUUCCCUUUUUAGAUCUCUGGUGUUUCCGAUUUGGCGACGGCGCGUGAGCUUGUAAGACACCUCCUUUCACAUGGAUCUUGGCCCUUACGAGGCGGUGAGAUGUGAGGAGGAGCUAUAUGAAGUAGUGUCUUUGUAAAGAGGUUAAAAAAAAAAAAAAAAAAAAAAAGCUCUCUAGAAAAGGCGACGGGUUGAAAUUUCCGGGAGACGGAGGCUCAUUUAGCUCCGUCGACGCCGGCCCUUGUUUCCGGGAGGAGGAGGCUUCCUCAGCUCCUUUUUCGCCAGCUAUUGUUUCCGGGGCGCCAAAGCUUAUAUAGUUUGACGUCGCCGGCUCUCGGUGUUGAAGUUCCGUCGUGGGUUCGGGUUUGGGGACUGAUUUGGAUCCGGUUUUCUACGGUUGCGGUCUGGUACCGAUGGUAGAUCGGGGUGGUCCGUCGUGUUUGGUUUCCGUGAUUGCGGUUAAAGCUCAGAUCGUUAAGGUCUCGAUUUGUUCGAGGCAGCUCUCCGUGGCGAGAAGAAAGCGCAGUGGUUCCAGGGGAGGCUCGGUACUUUACGAGCUCCGGCGAGUCGAGAGAGAUGCUCCGACGAAGGUGCGAUGCGGCGGUGGUCAGGCCGAGGCGAAGGUGUCACGUGCAGCUUCAAUUGGUGGUCUUGAUGAGAUUUCGGUAUGUCCGAUGGAAGAUCUCAGUGGAGGACCGCCUUUGUUGUUGUGACCGUGCGCUCGUCUCCGGUGACACUCAUUUCAGAUUCCGGCGACGCCGUUUGCAUGGAGGUGGAAGGACAAAUGACCGACUGUGUCUAGGGUUUCCGCGGGAUGAUGGGCUUGGACUGGGCUCAAGCCCAUCUUGCUUUGUAUGUUUUUGUGGUUUUCGGAUUGGGCCUUGGGCCUUUGUGUCGGUUGGCCGUGGGCCUUUGUAAGGUUAAUGGGCUUUGUCUCUUUAUUUAUCUAAAAUUAAUUUGAGUAAAAAAAAAAAAAAAAAAUGACUAUCAUGACAAAGACUAUGAAACAAUACCAUAAAGCUUAUAACGCCUCCAAGAAUAUUUUGAAGUUAACCAAGUUGCUUUGGUCUAGUGGUAUAGGAGUUCCAGCUGGAGUGCCCGCCUCUGGGUUCGAACCUUGACCACUGCGGAAUUUACAUAUGGGCUGCAGCAUCCGAGACCGAAGACCGUUAUACGGUGAGCCACAUGGUGAUGCCCUGGCAGCGUUCAUGUUCACUUCGGUUUCUAGUCUGGACCACUUCGGUGGGGCCAGGAUAAUCGGUUAGCAAAAAAAAAAGAAUAUUUUGAAGUUAAGAAGAAAAAAUAAUAGUUUUGAUAGAGACUUAACAGAGUCGACUGAAAGCUAAAAGAACGACAAGUUUUUUUAGGAAGAAUGACGUUUGAAACUGACCCGACAAGAAACUACCCGAGAAGAACAAAUCAAUUCAACGAACCUUCUUUGAAAUGAUUCACUUUACCCUUUAUAUAUAGUUUAAUAUUGGUGUUACAAAAAAUAUAUAUAUAUAUAGUUUAAUAUUUAAUGAACCCAUAAGAACUUGGAUGAUAACUUUACUGACGCAAAACAUUCUACACUAAAAAACGAUUGCUAGUUACAAAAUUUAUGGUUAAUAGUAGCAAUCCAAUUAUUAGAAAAUAUUGGGAAAACCCCUACAAGAUAGGUCGAUGAAAUUAUUUCUGUAUAAAAAAGAGGUUAAUAACAUAUAUUUAUUUGCUUUAAAAAUAUAUAUCCAUAUAUUUCGGACGAGAAAACCAGAUAUAAUAAGUUUAAGUUAUUGCAAACUUUGUUUUUGACAUAAAAUAAAGAAGAAACAAAUCUAAACCGAACCUGUCUUUUUUUAUAAUUUUCAUAAUUUUCGGAUUAAGUAAUACAUGAAAUUACUAAAUAACUGAUUUAUCAUAUAUAUAUGACAUCUUGAUUUAUCAUGAGUAUGUUAACUUCUUUGAAAAAUGAAAAAGAAAAAAAACUCUUAAAUAGUAGUAAUAGAUUGUGUUUUAUAACAAAAUUAGCAUAAGAAGGAGAUUUCUAAUAUCAUUUAUUAAAGAUAAAAACAAAUACAUUUUACAUAUUUGAAUUUAAUAUUUAAUGAUUAGAGUUUAAAAUUUAGUAUUUAUAGAGGAUGAUAAUGUGAUUAAGGUGUAGGAGUUAGAGUAUUUUUUUUGUUAAAUAUUUUCUCGCGAAGAAUUUUGCGCAGAGUAAAAAAAAUAUAUUAUUUUUUUGGUACAACAAAUAUAUCUUUAAUUAAAUAUAAUUAAUUAAUCAAAAAUAAAUUUAAAUAAAAAUUGUUAGUUAUUCAAAAAAACAGAAAAAAUAUGUAAAGUAACAUUAAAAUUAGACUAACAAUAUUUUUGAAAUAGUAAAAUAGUGAAACAAUAUUUUUGUAAAACAGUGGAAGUAAAUGUAGUUUUAUAGAUUUUUGUCAGUUGGUGUUAGUUUUUGGAUAACUUUUAGAAAGUGUAAUUUUGAAACUUUGUCAAAAAAAAUCUUUAAAAAACGGACCUCGGAUCUAUCAGACACUCUCCACAAGAAUAAGUAAUCAAACUUAAUAUCAACCGUUAGAUAUAAACCCCAAAGUGGAUGAUCACAAUCAUCCACUUGUUAACACAUAAAACUUUCUCUUUUGGGGUUGACGUCAAAAGUCUCCCUAUAUAUGACGCUAUUAAAAGAAAUUUCGCUUCUACUUCAUUAUUUUGCCACUUGCCAGGUUAUUUCCUUUGUCGUUCUGCGAACUUUCUUUAUUUCCAUAUAAACCAACCAUAUAUAUCAUGUUGCCCCUUUAGAUUAUUAUCAAACAUUUCUAUCAACAGAAUAGAUCAACCCUAGAUUUGAUCGAAGCUCUCUCUCUCUCUAUCUAUCACUACACCUAUCCCAUGGCGGGGAAGAGAUUAAUUCAAGAUCAAGAAUCAGACCAAGAAAACAAAACGGAGAAACGGAUGAAAUCACUACCACUCUUUGGCUCUGUAUUUGGAGCAUUGAAUACUGAGAACACCAUGAAGAGCCUUUCGUCAGCCCUAGAGCCUGUUCUGAGAAAAGUUGUAAGACAAGAAGUAGAAUAUGGAAUAAGUAAAAGACUUCGAUCAUUAUCUCGGUCACCGUCGUUUUGUGUUGAAGCUCGGGAGAGUAUUGCUCCGACAUUAAAGCUAAUGUUUGCAAAGAAUCUAAAGAAACCAAUAUUCACGGGAAGUAAAAUCAUUGACGAGGACAACAAUCCACUUCAGAUCAUCCUUGUUGAUGACUCAAACAAUGAUCAUUCCAUCGCUCCGGUGAAUCUCGACCGUCGUCCGAUCAGACUAGACAUCGUUGCCCUUCAUGGAGAUUUUCCUUCGGGUGAUAAGUGGAGUAGUGAUGAGUUUGAUCGUAACAUCGUCAAAGAAAGGGAUGGUAAAAGGCCGUUACUUGCUGGAGAAGUAACUUUGACCAUGAGAAACGGCGUUGGAACUAUUGGAGAUAUUGAGUUUACAGAUAACUCUAGUUGGAUUCGUAGCCGAAAGUUUAAAAUAGGCGUGAGAGUUGCGAAAGGGAGUAGCGAUCAAGGCGUUGCGGUUUGUGAAGCGAUGACCGAAGCAUUUAAUGUAAGAGAUCAUCGUGGAGAAUUGUACAAGAAACAUCAUCCACCCAUGUUAGAAGACGACGUGUGGCGACUAGAGAAGAUAGGCAAAGAUGGGGCCUUUCACAAGAAGCUCUCUGCUGAAAACAUCAACACUGUUCAAGACUUUUUGAAGUUAUCCGUCGUUGACCUCGACAGACUCCGUCAAAUUUUGGGCCAAGGAAUGUCUGAUAAAAUGUGGGAUGUCACAUAUAAACAUGCUCGAGAGUGUACAUUAGGAAAUAAGUUAUACAUUCACAGAGGACCUAACAUUUUGUUGACCUUGAAUCCAAUAUGCGAAGUGAUGGAAGCAGCGAUCAAUGGUCAGGUGUUUUCCAAUGAAGAAGCGCUGAAUCAGCUCAAUAUUAAGAAGCUAGCUCGACAAGCUUACUCAAAGUGGGAUUUCUUAGAAGUGAUUGAAAGAAAAACGAACGAGGUUCCUCUUUUGACACAAGGUCAUACUAUGGACCAGCAAUAUGGUGCAAACCACUACCACAACAUUGAAAUCAACAAAUCGUAUCAACAAAACGGAUAUGCUCUAGAGAGAUCUCCUAACAAUUUGGAGAUGAUAAACGAAGGGUAUAUUACGACAACUCCAAUGGAAUUCGGUGUAUGUUUCAACGUUACCGGAUCUUCGUCCCAAAGUCAUAUGAACCCUUUCGAAAAUCCUCAUCUACGUUAGUAUUGGAACACGAAGCCUGUUGUGCCUUCACACGAUGGUUAAACUCUUUCCAAAUAAGGGUGUAAUUUAUUAUAUAUACAAUGGUGAAAACAUGGAUUAUAUAUAUAUAUAUGUGUAUCUGUAGAUCAUUGUUGUAUAGGAAUGUGUGAAAUUUCAAAAAGAGUAACAUUUUUAGCUGAAUGGUAUUAGAGUUGUUUACAUUUUUCAUGUUUUGACAACAUGAUGCAGUUGUUUUUUAACCAUUCAGAGUAUUAAUCAAAGUUUUACGUUUUACGUGUUU